CUUCUUCCCCACAUGAGAGCUGGGAUGUCCAGCAACAUUCAUCUAGAAGACAUUUCCCACACUCAAGGCACUAAUACACCUCCAGGGUUGUGUGGGACCCCUGAUGUACAGGAAGACAGGACUUCAGUGAGGAACAUUUCCCUCACUCAGGACAGGAAUACAGCUUCUCUCCCAUGUGCAAUCUCUGAUGUAUGGAAAGGCUUGAUUUAUCUGAAAAACAUUUCCCACACUCAGGACAGGAAUACGUCUUUUCCCCGUUGUGAGAUCUCUGAUGUCUGUAAAGAUGUGACUUCUGUGAAAAACAUCUCCUGCACUCUGGACAAGAGUAUGGCUUUUCCCCCGUGUGAGAUCUCUGAUGUGUGACAAGAUCUGAUUUUUGAACAAAACAUUUCCCGCACUCAGAACAGGAAUAUGGCUUCUCUCCUGUGUGCAAUCUCUGAUGUCUAUAAAGAGAGUACUUGUCUGAAAACCACCUCCCGCA